AUGAAACUGCAACGCGAUCUUCCAUUGUCGGAAUUAUCCUCGUCGGUGACUUCAUCCUGUGGCAAGAUUGGAACGUCCACUUUUUUAACUCGUACCACACAACCCACCGAAAACGGCAAAGAGGUGUGUCCGGAAACAAGCCCAGUAAGACGCUCUGGGACAUCUACGCGGAUACCGUUCUUAGGAUGUUGGAUUCUGACCAAGAAAUGGGCGCAGCAUCAUAUCCAUCUGAUCUCGAGAAGUCCAGCAACUUUGGUAGUUCCCACUAUUGUAUUCCUCUCGUUGUGCGCAUGCGGCUUUGCUCUGACCUUCAUGCUGGCCCGUUCAGAAGAAGAAGACAUUCGCAGCGAAGUGUUGCGCGCUGCAGCUGAAAAAGGGCAGUGGUUCUCCGAUCAGCUCCAUCAAGCGAUUCUACCUCUUUUCUCUAUGGCUCAGUUUGUCAAUCAGCUUGAAAUCUUUCAAACUUUGCCCGAAGAGAUCGGACCAGCGUUCGAAAACAAUUCUUUGCCGUUCGUCGACUCGUCUUUCACUCAUCGAAAUGUCACUGGUGUCUGUGAUCGGCCGGAUUUGGUGCAGCGUUUCAGUGACAAUUUUCAAGUGCUUCUUGCCUGCGACGAGAAUUUAGUUGUGUGCGCAGACAGACUUCGACUACAGCAAGUGGUCUUAAAUUUGGGCCGCAACGCUGCAAAGUUUGUCGGUCAAGGGUUUGUACGACUUCGAGCUACAUGCGUUGGUGAUGAUGUUUGCAUCUAUGUUGAAGACUCUGGGCCGUCGAUUCCAAUGGGUAAGCGGAAAGACCUUUUCUGCCGCUUCCAGGAGAGCUUGGAUUCUUUGAGUCAAGGAACUGGGAUUGGUCUAAAUCUUUGCAAGGAACUCGUUGAUUUGAUGGGUGGAUCAAUAUUUCUGGACGAAUCUUACAUCAGUGGACAUGCUGGGGGGGAUGGUACCCGGAUUGUCAUCAAUCUACGCAAACCUCCUAUUGAAAGUUCAGGUUCGGACAAUCCAGAAUUGGAAACUUUGUGUGCCUCGGCGGAUGAAUGCAAUGACAAAAGGAUCGAGAAGACGCGGACACUCCCUGCGAAACUUUCGGUGCUGAUCGUUGAUGACGAGAGGAUCCUUCGAAAACUUGCGUCUCGAUCUAUUAGCAAAAUAGCUCCAGAUUGGUCAAUCCGAGAAGCUGCUAGUGGCGAGACCGUCCUCCAGCUGAUUACUUGCGGUGAGUCGUUUGAUCUAAUCUUUAUGGAUCAAUACAUGACUAGUACCGAUCGGCAGCUAACUGGAACUGAGACAGUUCGAGAACUCCGUUCGCGACGAGUAAACUCCAUCGUCUGCGGGCUAUCCGCGAACGACCUACAGCAAGCUUUUACUGGAGCCGGCGCGAAUUAUUUCAUAAUGAAGCCAUUUCCCUGCAAAGCUGUUGAGCUAGAGACCGAAUUACUCCGAAUAACUGAGUGCAUUGACCGAUAGCACCCUUGUCGAUCUCUUUGAGUAAGGGUCUUAGCUAUCUAAUUCGAAAACGACACGAAGUUUAAUGGGCCUUCGCCGGGACAGACCCAGGACUUACUGGAUAAACAUUUUGUCCGAGGUCACAGUGACUGAGAAAUGUAAAAUUCGCGCCAUCGGAACGGCAAAACACGUGCUUCCCGAUAUCUCCGGAAUGGAAAAAUACGGUUAGUCGUGUUUUACGCAUGACGCCAAUUGGAAAAAGAGAACAUGUUCAAAUCACGUUCUUCGCUAAGGUUGUUUCAAGAGCC